AUGGACCAGGUACACGAAUUGAGUAAUACACCGAGCCCAGGUUCUACCGACCUGGCCACAAAACAAAAUUUGGAAGCCAUUAUAAGCGAGCAUGGUUUUCCGGUGGUCAAAAUAGAGGAGUAUCAUGAAUCUGCAGAUGAGACGCCAGUCAAAACGCGCAGAAGAACGGCCAAACCUGGCAACAAACCUAGCACGCCGCACACACUCAGCGCCGGUGGAGGCACGCAAAGUGGGAGCACUCGUCGUCGACGUUCUAGUAGCCGCACUUCGAGUAAAAAUUUGAAGAGCACCACAGACAUUUCGCCUGCUUCAAUGAUAUUCCGGAAUUUGUUGAUCCUCGAGGAUGGCCUGAGACGACAAGCGCGAAAGCAGAAAAUUUUGAAAUGGCAAUUCACACUGUUCUUGUCUCUGCUGAUAGGAAUCGCGGCUUCUGUAUUCUACGAGCUGUACUUCUCGCAGGAGACGGUGCGCGGAGUUUACAAAGUGGCGCUUCAAUUUAUUCUAAUAUUCAUAUUGGUCACAGUGGUAUUGUUUCACUUGAGCGGCGAAUACCGCCGUACCAUAGUGAUUCCUCGCAAAUUCUUCACCUCCACAAACAAGGGUAUACGACAGUUCAACGUUAAGCUGGUAAAAGUGCGAAACACGAUCCCGGACUUGAGCAUUGAUCUAGUACGAUGGAUGUGCCGAAAAGCUGCCCUCGUGAACUUGGCCAUGUCACGGAAGAUCUUGCCUUCGAGAAUGGUCGAGAAAAGCUGGACGUCGCGUUUCUGGAACUCUGUGGCACUGCGGUCUCAGCCGCGAAUCGGCGCUAUAGACGUAAAGAUUGUGUUAAACCCUAGAGCUUUCAGCGCCGAGAUUCGCGAAGGGUGGGAAAUCUACAGAGACGAAUUUUGGGCUAGAGAGGGAGCUCGUAGACGUAAGCAAGUAAAUGACCUGAGUCCCUAG